AUGGACAACAUCGCGUUCUCAGGGCUCUUAACGCAUUCGCGUAGAGUUAUUUUGAGAGGCCGGGUUUUUGUGCUUCGCGAUCGCGGGACCUUGGUCGCUAUCGCGUAUAAGGAAUUGCAGGAGCUGGGCACUAUUCCUCUUCAUUCGAAUGCUUCAUCUAUUACUAUGUUCAAUGGAUUGAAUUUCUCUAAAUGGCAUGAACAAGUCCAGUUCCACUUAGGUGUGAUGGAUCUUGACUUGGCUCUGCUGAAUGAUAAGCCCGCUGCCAUUACUGAAUCGAGCAGUGCGUAUGAGAAGUCUUUCCAUAAAGCAUGGGAAUGCUCUAACAGGAUGAGCCUUAUGUUUAUGCGAAUGAUUAUUGCCAACAAUAUUAAGAGUACUAUUCCACAAACAGAAAGUUCCAGGGAAUACCUUAAGUUUGUGGAAGAACGUUUUUGUGUCGCAGAUAAGUCUCUCGCUGGUACACUAAUGGUUGAACUCACGACCAUGAAGUUUGAUGGGUCGCAUAGUAUGCAAAAUCAUAUCAUCGAGAUGACUAACAUUGCAGCAAGACUUCAGACCUUGGGGAUGAAAGUUGAUGACUCCUUGGUUCAGUUUAUUCUGAACUUGUUGCCUCGUGAGUAUGGACCUUUUCAAAUUAACUAUAACACUAAUAAGGAUAAGUGGAAUAUUAGUGAAUUGUCCAGUAUGCUUACCCAGUAG